UGUUUCAAAGAUGACCGUAUUGUGUUUUGGACUUGGAUGUUUUCAACGUAUUUUAUGGAGAAAUGGGCCCCUCGGCAAGACGAUAUGCUCUUCUAUGUCCGUCGAAAACUGUCCUAUGUCAGUGGUGAUAGUACAGAGGGGAAAAAGCAGGUUGAAGUGGAAGUUUACCGGAGAGAUUCUAAGAAGCUUCCUGGCCUGGGAGACCCUGACAUCGACUGGGAAGAGAGUGUCUACUUGAACCUCAUCCUACAGAAGCUGGAUUAUGUGGUGACAUGUGCUGUGUGCACACGCUCUGAUGGAGGAGAUAUUCACAUUCACAAAAAGAAAUCUCAGCAAGUGUUUGCGUCUCCCAGCAAACACCCAAUGGACAGUAAAGGAGAGGAGUCAAAGAUCAGCUACCCCAACAUAUUCUUCAUGAUUGACAGUUUUGAAGAGGUUUUCAGUGACAUGACUGUGGGAGAAGGAGAAAUGGUCUGUGUGGAGCUGGUGGCCAGUGACAAAAGCAACACCUUCCAAGGGGUGAUUUUUCAGGGGUCUAUCCGCUAUGAAGCACUCAAGAAGGUCUAUGACAACAGGGUGAGUGUUGCAGCUAAGAUGGCUCAAAGAAUGUCUUUUGGCUUUUAUAAAUACAACAACAUGGAAUUUGUCCGAAUGAAAGGGCCACAAGGGAAAGGACACGCGGAAAUGGCAGUGAGUAGAGUUUCUACUGGUGACACUUCACCAUAUGGGACAGAAGAAGAUUCAAAUCCAGACUCCCCGGUGCACGAGAGAGUCACUUCUUUCAGCACACCGCCAACCCCAGAACGCAACAAUCGUCCAUCCUUUUUCUCCCCAUCCCUCAAGAGAAAAGUGCCCCGAAAUAGAAUUGCUGAGAUGAAAAAAUCCCACUCAGCAAAUGACAGUGAGGAGUUCUUCAGAGAUGAUGAUGGUGGAG